UGAGAAUUACCCAUAUAAAAUCUAGAAAUAAGACUAAAAUUAUAUCACAAACAUACAUUUAGGAGGAUCGGUCGGAAACAAAUUAGGAGUUGCAAAUGGGCAGUCGAAACUUGUUGCUCUUGAGUGGGGAUCAACAUGCAGGGGAAGCUGCAGGAUCUAUGGGGGUCUUAUUGUUGCUUUGGAUGAUCGUCAUGUCAGUGAUCAUCAUAUCGAUGGUGGUAUUCGCUUGUGGAGAUUGUGAUGAUGACGAAUCAAACAAGAAAAAGAAGAGGCGUUCAAUAAGUGGCGGAGGCGGCCGCGGUGGAAGCAACGGUAUUGGUGGAGGGAGCGGUGGUGAUAGAGGAGGAGACGUCGGUGGAGAUGAUGGCGGUGGUGGUAACGGAAAUGAUGGUGGUGGUGGCGACAGUGGAGGAAACGAUAGUGGUGGUGAUGGCGGCCACAACCACGGCCAUGAUGGUGGCCACGACCACGGCCAUGGUGGUGGUCAUCACCAUGCUCAUGAUGGCGGUGGUCAUCAUCAUCCUCAUGUGGUUGAUCAUCAUGUCCAUGACGGUGGUGGUCAUCAUCAGCCUCAUGUCCAUGACGCCGGUGCCCAUCAUCAUCAUGCCCAUGAUGGUGGUGGUCAUCAUCAUCAUGCCCAUGACAGCGGUGGUCAUCAUGGCCACGUUGGUGGUUUUUGAAGUAAUAAUUGAAGUCGUAUAGUUUAUUUGUUUUUCUUUUUAAUUUUUAUUAGCUAACUAAUGGAGUACUCUCAUUUUAUAAUGUAAUGAACCUUUCUUCUUUUUUUCCAAUGUAAUGGCCUUAUUUAGUUUCUUGUAAGGCUUAUUUUGGUACGUUAAAUUUGAUUUUGUGUCCCAAUAAUUUUAUUAAAUUGGUUACUUUAAUUUUAGUUAUA